AUGCCCAGUGAAACAUAUUGUUCCUGUCUGUGGGCCAACAAUGGUGAGGAGGAUGUGGCGAUGAACCCUAGGGCAUGCAAGGGUCAUGUCUACUUAACCCCGGGCCAGCCCAACCAAUCGGCGGUCAGCCUGCUGCCCAUGGUAGACCCUGAUAUGCUCCGUAGGGUCAGUGGGGCCUCACUUUGACAGGCAGCUCACUUAUACACAGUAGUCUGAGCAGAGACGGGCUCAGGUUGACAGACAGCGCUCCUGCUAGCACCUGCUGUUCACACUCAAUGGCCAGAAGACUCUCUAUUCAACAUGAUUUGAUGGGAAGCUCCAAGUUGACAGGCUGCCAUAGACAUAAAGUGAGUCUAUUGAAGCACCCAGCGGGUAAGAUGAAGGCCUUAUCUGUUCCCAUACCCGGUUAUGCAUUAUUCCAUCAAACUCAUCACUCUUCAUAGUUCUAAACAGGUGACGUGUUAUGGAAACUCAGAGUACAGGGCGUAAAGCCGGUAAACAAUCCCUUGUGCCAAAAAAUAAUUGAGGCCGUAUUGAAAAGGCGCCACAGCAAAUCAAACAUUGUUGUUUUCUGAGUCAGGUUGUUACCUGUAUGGGUGUGGGAAAUAGAGAGAGAUAGAGGGAAAGAGAGAGAGAGAGGGAAAGAGAGAGAGAGAGAGGGAAAGAGAGAGAGGGGGGAAGAGAGAGAGAGAGGGAAAGAGAGAGAGAGAGGGAAAGAGAGAGAGAGAGGGAAAGAGAGAUAGAGAGAGGGAAAGAGAGAGAGAGAGAGAGAGGGAAAGAGAGAGAGAGAGGGAAAGAGAGAUAGAGAGAAUGAGAGAGAGAGGGAUGAAGAGAGUGAAAACAGAGCGCCAGACUUUGGGACACUCCGGAAUGCUAGAUUAAGGAGAUGGGAGGAGGGGGACAAGAAGUGAUUGUGCAAUACCUGGACAUCUGCUAAAUCUAUGUAAUCUCGUUCCCUUUUCUCUCAAUAACAGCUAACGAGCAUGCUCUGUCUCCAGAGUUCCACUGAGGGAAGGUUAUGUAAACACGACCUUUGCCUCUUUACCUCUGACCUAUACUGUGUAUUUUAAGGAGUUUCAAGCUUUAAUACAACACAUGUUAGUUCCUUAACGUAUGAUUCACUGAACACCGUUAUGAAAUGAGGUCAAUGGUAAACGAAAGGGAUGACAUUCAGCUUGUGAUAGCUAAAAGGGAGGGAGAAUGUUGUUGACUUUUGGGGGUUUGACAGAACUUUUGAAGGGGGUAUCUGUCAAUCUGAUCUGUAAUGAGGCUGUUGGAUACUGACAGUCCCUUUUGUUUUCAAUCUAUCUGCCUGCCGGGAGGGAACUCAGUCAAAUGUCAAUCAAAUCUUCCACGCACUGAAAGUUUACCUAGUUUCAACUUUUUAAGGUUUUUAGAAUUGUCAGAGACUAAAUACGCCAUUGAUAAAUGUGUUGUUACUGAAAUACAAAUUGUGUGGAAAGUAGGAGUUCUUUAUGUUCUGUUAGACGGAGAGCAGCCCAAGAGACGUGUCCCAUUCAUACAUUUUCUCCUGCAUGUAAGAGGAAGCGUGUCUCCCCCUCUCCCCUAGUCUUCAUUCAUAAAAAAGUGCUACAGUACUGUUACCCCGUUUCGUGACCCCCCCUCUCUUUGAGUGGAAUAUCUGACCCCUCCCUCUUCCUGUUUCUGUACAAACUAAGCAGAAUUUUAAAUCUGGACACCCCUAGCCUCUCUCUCUCUCCUUUUCACCCUUCUACCCUCUCGCUUUCUCUACGUUGAGCGUUCCAAGAUGUGAGCUAAUCCAACUAUUUCAGAGCUGUGUGGGCCGAUUGUUUAGUUUUGGACCUUGUAGUAAUUAUAUAGGAAGUUGUGGCUGUAGAUGCCGUUCCAGUCCUUUAGAGAGAAAAGGGGAGACGGAGAGAGAGAGAACGAGAGAGACUGAAAGAGAGAUAGAGAGAGUGCAUUUGAGUGCGAACGCUCACGGCAGUUCGUCUCUUCGGUAGGAAGCAUUCUGCCUCGUCAUGAAUUUAUGACCUUCUCUCUUGUUUGUGUUGUUGUGUUCCCCUGAUCACUGGUUCGCUCAGAGCUGGCCCAAUCAGUCCCCAUUUGGAGCAGAGGGAGAGUGAAUUGGCGAGCUCCUACCUCUCUUUGCUCUCUCUCCAUUUGAACAAAAAUAAAUAUGUUCUCAACUUUCCAAAAUACAGCUGCUAUGCAACAAGUUUGCAAAAACAUCCAGGUGACUGCCAGAUAUGCAGGGAUACCAUUCGCCCCCAGGGAGGACGAUUCCUCUUCAAUGUGUGUGUGUGUGCGCACGUUUGUGCGUCCAUGUGAGUAUAUGACUGAAUGGGUCAUUUCUCUCCAGAAACACAUGCAUCCUGCCCACCUACAGACACAAACACACACACUAUGCACACGUGCACACACACACUUCAGCCCCACAGUUUUAUGAAUGGGCUAGUUGUGAGAGACUGGCUGAGGCAGCACAUUGGGUUAAGGGGAGGGAAUCUCCAUUCAUGAAUUGGAGGGCCGUUAUUCUACUACUAACACUACAAAAAGAGAAGGAGAACUAUUGAAAUGCUUUAUCUCGCACCAUUUGGUUUCUGCAUUUGGUAAUCUUUCAGUUAUACAUUCAGAUAUGUUGUCUUCUAAACAGUUGUUUUUCCCUCUUAUAAUGCACACACUGUUAUAAUACUUAUUAACUUUUCUAACUUUUCUAACUCACAUAAUACUCACACAAAAACGUACUUCCGUGGGUGAUGUAAAUGUUGUACGUAAUGUGUGAGGGGGGAAGUGCGUGCGUGUGCAUGUACAGGGAGAGGAAAGGGGGGUUUGAGGAACGUCUGUGCUUUAACGUUCUCCACAGCUUGAAUGUUUUCUCUUUCUAAGGCGAGAGCAGGGGAAAACCAGGGGCAACAGAUGCAGGCAGGCCUGAGAGGUGAGGCCUAAAAAUAAUAGGCCAGUUCCACAUUAAGCAAUAAUACACCGACGCACGAGAAACCAGGAGAUCACAUCAACAAACCAAGCAUGGUAUCACUAAAUAGCGUCAGAGUUAAUUACCCUUGGUGCCGUUAUUGUUUUGGGCAAGACAGGCAGCUAGGGAUAUCCCUAGACUGAGUCAGUCAUAGCUGGGUCCUGUUCAGUAGGGAGAAAACGUUUUCCUCCGGUGUGUCUUACUAAACAUCGCCCUGGUUUGCUCAGUGUUUACAACCACCACAUGUGACUUUAAGAGGGGAUCACUGAUGGUUGAGGCUGCGGUCUUGUUAUAGCCAUAGUGACUUGCUGACACAGGACAGGCCGUGUGUGUGGUGUGAGCCUAGUAGAGCUGUAUUGAUCCUAAAGAUUCCCCAGAGAGGGGGCGGAAGGGAGGCAUGGGGAGGGGUAGAUGGAUAGAUAAAGAUAAAGUGUAGAUAAAUCAGGAAAGGGGGGGGGGUCACGCAGCAUGCUUGCCUGUGCCUCGGAGCAUCAUGUUGAGAUCCCAAUCGCUAAAAAGAGAGAGAGAGAGAGAGAGAGAGAGAGAGAGAGAGAGAGAGAGAGAGAGAGAGAGAGAGAGAGAGAGAGAGAGAGAGAGAAAGAGAUAGAGAUAGAGAGAGAGAGAGGGGGGAAGAGAGAGAGAGAGAGAGAGGAAGAGGAAGAAAUAGAGAGAUUGAAGGGAGUGAUAGAGUGAGAGGAUCUAUGGAUGUGGCAUGUGCUCUGAUAUUUACGGGGAGGAGUUCGACCAGGCUUUCUACUAGGGCUUGAUGGGAACUCAGUGCAGCACGUAUUAUCUAUCUCCUUCAGUCAAGAUAAGCCUGGUCCACCCCUAUAUCUCCUCCCCUCCCUCUGUCACUUCUCCACUUGAUGGAUAUUAGCCGGGUCAGUGGGAGCUCUUUAUAUCAUUUCAGUAACGGCAGGUGGGGGGGGGGUGGAAUCGAUUGACACAUUAAACAUUAAGAGGGGACAGCUAUAUUGGGGCUGAGGGAUCGAGAGUGAAGGGUCAAUACACCCCCCGCUUUCUGUGAUGGAACGCCCCACUCGCUGCCCGUGUCCUGGGAUGAGGAUGUAUUGUAUUGUGCCCACUAAACGGCAAUGGGGAAGAAAGAUUUAUAGACGGUCACUGGCCACUUAAAAAAUACCACCACAAUGCACUGGGGAUGAAAUGGACAAUAGAUCAAGUGGGAUUAAUCAAAAUAUAUAUAUAUAUUAAAGUCAUGUUUUUUGUCAAUACAAAGGCUAUGGCCAACUUUGAUUCAACUUUGAUUUUAGUGCUGCUACGUGCACUUUGAUUCUGUAUCACUGUACAGUGCUGUUAUUCACCAUGCUAUAAAACAUUAAUCAAGAAUAUACUAUUCCCAUAAUCCAUAACACGUGACAUGCCUGUGUUAGUGCUAAGAGCUGACUUUGCUAAAUCCUGUGUCCACUCCUCCUUGUCUUGUCCAUGGGAUGGACAUGACACAGUCACAUGAUGCGCACACACCCACACACUUUUUGAUUUACAGUAAUAUCUCCAUGUUCACUGUCAAAUUGUGAAGUCAUUUAAUUUAACAUAUAGGGCACACAAGAUAUGAAAAGGGAAUAAGGUCCAAAAAGUCGACCUGAUAUCAAAUGUUCUAGAAGUGAGAAGUGAAACUUGGAUGACGGCAACGUGCGACACUCCAUUCUCCGGUCACAUGCACUGAGUUUCAUUCAAGUCCACCACAUCCUCGUACCCAACACAACAUCAAGCUACACCUAAUAAUAUGAAACCAAAAUACAUGAAACACUUCCGUUUGUCUUAAAGCGUCUUGAUAUCUCUCACAUAGUUGAUCUGUUUUGAAUCGACAAAGCCGAGGGAAAUAAAAGGAGGUGCCACGUCGCUUUACCGUCCAAUCGUUUUCUACAGUGCUCUCUAUCAAUCUUGUCAGGCUCGUUUGGCAGGUAUCUGACAACAAUGCUUUAAAUAUUCAAAGAAGCCAAGUCGCAAAGGCAUUAGCCAAUCAGAAAGGGUGACCGGUAAAUCAGAUAGGAGACACUAAUGGUUAAAUGGACCAAGCGAUGGUAUUUGGAAUAGACACUGAGACCACUCUGGAGCCCAGCGUUGGCUUUAAAAGAACUCCAGUUGUCAGUUCGCCCCUCGCUUCUCUCUGAGAAGCACACAUGUCCUGCACAUGUUUCAGUUCGCCAGUGGCAUUGCUGCUGGAUUGUCUCUCCAGUCUCAAUGAUGUGGAACAGAUUGAAUCGCCGUCGUUGACUCACCAUCCCACUGGAUUUUCCACUGACCACACUUUUACAUGCAGUACUUUCAAUGUGUGGGCCAAUAUACUUGGAAUAAAAAUGUCAGCAUUUCAAUAUCACCUAAAUGUUUACAGUAAGUGAAAUUGAAGGCUAUUCUUCUGUACUUGAUAGGGUUGAAAGUUACAGCAGUGGCAACAAGCCCAGUUGAAAAUAAGUUAUAUGAAUCACUACAACAAAAAAGGUGCCACAAUGCGGUGUAGAUGAAGCAGCAUGUGUUAAUAUACCAAUUUUGAUCUCCACUAUCAUAACAUAUAAAAAACUAUUGUCUAUCCCUCAUGUCCCCUACUUUCUACAGUUGAGCCAGGCCACAGAGUCAGAGAGAGGAAUGCUAUAUGGCAUGUCCCAGAAAUCAAUAAGUUCCUUUGAAAUCUUUAGACCCACAUAAUUGGGCAUGCCUGUUGUUUUUAUUGAACUGUCUGUCAUUGUUGGCAUUAAUUUGCCAGUGAGGAACCAUCUCUCUCUCUCUGACUCUCAAGAAACCCUCCAUGGGCUCUACUAAAGCUGUUCUAGGGUGUACAGUACAUGUGUAGUUUAUAUAACUUAUGUACUAAUACAGGAAACUGUAUAUCAUCUAACAUUCAAGGAAAAAUCAUGUGACAGUUGCCCAUAUUUGAAAUAGACUAUAGCUACUAUGGAUGUUUCCUUCUAUCCACCUCCUUUCAUUCUCAUGGUUUACCUAUGGCAAAAAGCCUAGUGGUUAGAGCGCUGGGCCAGGAACUGAAUGGUUGGGGACAUUGCCCUGUGUAAGGUGCCAUCUUUCGGAUGGGAUGUUAAAUGGGUGUCCUAACGCUCUGUGGUCACUAAAGAUCCUAUGUCACUUAUCGUAAGAGUAGGGGUGUUAACUGGCCCUCAUACCAUCAUACCCAGCUUCCAAUUGGCUCAUUCCUCUCCCCUGUAACUAUUCCCCAGGUCGAUGAUGUACAUGAGAAUGUGUUCUCAGUCUACUUACCUGGUAAAAUAAGGCACAAAAAAAAGAAGCUGUCAUGGCCUGCAGACUUCCAGAGACUGAGACUUCCCAUACCAGAGAUAAACACUCCAAUGUAAAGCUCUCCAGAUCCUCUAUCACUGAGUUCAGGUUUGAUUACUAGAGAAUAACCUUUAAUGGUAGGAAAUGCUCUGUAUAAAAUAAACUGAGGAGAUUACAGAGGGGGUUUCCUACCUGGCAUUCAAUCCUGGCUGCUACUCGUUUGAUAAUUGCCAUUAGCUACCAAACUAUAAUUGGAAUCCUGUACAAACUGAAGAUCACAAGAGAAUAGUAAGAAGAGGUAUAUACCAUAUUUAGGGGUUCACAGCGAUUUUGCUCCAUCUUGGACAUUUUUUAAAACAGAUUUUUUUUUGGAUCUCUUAACAUAGUUUGAGAGAAGCUAAGGGAUUGGUUAAGAGAUGUCUGAGUUAUUGAUAAAUCAGGAAAUCAGAUUUUACGUGUCAAUUUAAAUCCUUUGUAAAUCUACUUACAUUUACAUCAUUUAGCAGACGCUCUUAUCCAGAGCGACUUACUUCACAAUGGCCUAUCAACUUGAAAAUGUUUAGGGUCAUCAAAGACAUUACCACGAUGAUCCAUGUUAAGUUUAGCAUUGAUAUCUUAACAAAUAAGGAAACUAUUAACAAUUCACUUUUUUGAAUGGGGAUGUAGCUCAGUUGGUAGAGCAUGGCGUUUGCAACGCCAGGGUUGUGGGUUUGAUUCCCACGGGGGGCCAGUAUGAAAAAUAAUGUAUGCACUCACUAACUGUAAGUCGCUCUGGAUAAGAGUGUCUGCUAAAUGACUAAAAUGUAAAUGUAAAUGACUAUGUAACGCUUAACAAAUCUUCUUCUCAUGUACUAAAAAGUCAGAUUCACUCCAAAUCUGGUCUUUGGACUCAUCACAAUAUUCCCUUAAGAGUUUGAGAAAAGAACGCUGAUGGAUUCAAAGAUGGCCACACUAUACCAGUAGAUGCAUAUUAGCACAUACGCUAAUAUUCUAAAAUAUGCUAAUAUGCUUUUUCUCAUGUACCAUAGGACCAAAUUAAACCAAAUUUGGAAUGUAGGCCCAUGAUACAAGGGAUUGGUCAAAAGAUGGCUGAGUUAUUGACUCUUGAUGUCACAACACUCUGAAUCCUGAAUUCCUCUUUGCAUUACACAAUGUAGUAGCAUGGCUAUGACAAGGUAUUUCUUUAGCACGUGAUAUAUUAAGCUGCAGAAGAAUGUCCCAUUCCAGACAAGCUUCUGGUGGUCCUUAGUCCUGAGGAGUUCCCACUAGUACCUUAUGUCCCAGCCGAGGACACUUUUGUGUGGACAAGGAUAGAGGUGUGGGGGUCUCAGGUCCUGAGAUUUGUUUGUGGUGGGUGUGAGACUGAAUAGCACCCCACUUCCUAAAGCACUCAACCAUGACAAUCAUCUUUCACCCUGCAUCCUCCCCCAAAGCUUCACUAUUUACAUAUGUAAAGUCCCCCUGCUCCUCCCUCCAUCCCCAUCCCCAACCUGGGUCAUCCUGUGAUCAGAAUGGGAGUGAGAAAAAAUGAAUCAGAAAGAGGAGCAAACACAAGAUGAAAACAUUCAACUUUCAUAACAAGAAGGAGCCUUUCCACAUGCUCUAUAUCCCUCAAUACUCCAUGUAUUUUGUGGGGAGAAUAAGAAAAGCAUUUCAGCAGUAAACGUCUCUAAAGUUAACAAACUCUACUUUGUUGAGAUCAUCAUUUUACACCAGGUUAGGAUGUGUUCACAUUUCCGCUCCCCCCAACACCCAUUCCAAAUAAAAGGAGAGGACACUCUCUCUCUCUCUCUCUGCCUUAACACUGUGUACCUAUUGUGUACAGUAUCUGUCCAGAAAGAUCUAAACACUUCUCUCUCUACCAUUAUACAUUAUGUUUAAGUUCACAACACCCCCUUCCCAUACUAGAAAAAAACUCCUUGAAAUAUGAGGAUCUUGGUGGAGAAAAGUGUAACUACUAACAGAGUUGUAGAGAGGGAAACCAGAGCCUGUGAGUUGGGGUCAAAUCGCCCCUAAAUAAAACCAAUAGGGAAGAGCCAUGCUGUCCAAACUCUGUUUAUGUGACUGCCACUACUUUAUAAACUUUGGGGGCAAAUUUGAUGUCAUUUGGACUUUGGAUUUAUCUCGAUAAUGUAACUUUUUUCAAGGAUUUUUUAAGCCAUUAUUUGUUAAACCCUUUUUAAACUGUACAUUUUAAGAAUCCCUUUUUCUAAUUGAAAUAAAUCAUAAUUUUUCUGAUUUCAUAGUUUACUCUGAUCAAAUACAACUGAAACAAUUCAUAUGCUCAAAGUGUUUGGACAUUUCUAUUAGGAUCAAGGGAUAUCCAAUGUCUCCCAAAAUCCUUUGAUGUUGGGCUUGAGAAAUCCGUUGAUUCAUUAGGGCUUCGUUAACGGGGAUGUCCGCCAACCCCUGCUAAUAGGGGAAGCAUGCCAGACAACAGCACCAAUCACACACACUCACAGCCGUCCUACGCUCAUAUACAAGAGUAAUUAAUAUUGUAGAUCCUGACACACAAAUCUCCACCCACUUACUAUUGAACAGUGCUGUGCUUCAUUCUCAAACAGCGGCCCAUGCUCUUGACUUGAUGCCGUUCACAGAGCAGUAUGCUGUGUUUCGAAAUUAAACAGAAGCAGGGCCACAUCAAAAGGAAGUAUGUCUGCCAAUCGUAUUAGCUGCUCCACUUGGGUUGCAUAGUGACUGGACUUGUGUACACAUUACACACCAUGGAGUGUGUGUAGUGAGAGGGUCACUAUGUGGGACAAACACAUUCCACACUCUCAUAGCCAUAUUGGAAACAAAUUCAGUCAUGUGCCACCCUGGGUAUGAUGAGAAAGGAAGAGGGCAGAGGGAUUUGGAGGGCUGGAAUCCUAUUGUGUCUGUGUGGGAAAUCUGGGUAAAUACUUUUCUAAUCCUUUUUGAUCGCACUCUAAAGCCAACACUUCCUCACCUGCCCAGGUGUGUCAUGGGAAAGAAAAGGCUAAAAUAAUAGGGGGGUUCCCAGUUUUCAACUGUUCCACAAACUGCAUCUGUCUGUCUGUCUGUCUGUCUGUCUGUCUGUCUGUCUGUCUGUCUGUCUGUCUGUCUGUCUGUCUGUCUGUCUGUCUGUCUCUCUUUCUCAGUCUCUUUCAUUCUGUCUUUAUUUCCCUCUGAUUGUCUGUCAGGGUUUUUUUACUCCCCCCAUUACCCUCUCUAGCCUUCUUUUCUUUCUCUGUUGCUCUCUAUGACUAGCUGUAGACGUUCCCUUCGCAGCCUUUUACAGUAUGUCUCUGCAUUUCUUCUCCUCCCUUUUUGUGAAUGGGAUACAGACAGUAUGUAAUUACCUGGUCUCAGGUUUCAGUGGGGCCUGUUCCGUCAACUCCACACCCACUGCAGUCACACGCACACACACACACACACACACACACGUAUAAACACAGUCGUCCCCAGCUGAAAGUGCACAGCUGCUGCUGUUUACCCUCUCAGGCCCAGAAAAACAUCCUGUGCUGUACAGUCAGUCAGAUCUCCCCUCACAUAAUAAACACAGCCUCAGCAGUUUGAAGCUCCACUUUGGGUGGUUUGUGUGGCCUUCAAGGCAAAGGUCCCCACCAAGGGAAGAGCUUGAAAGAAAGUAGAUGUCUUCUGUAGAGUUUGGAUUGAACAUGGGGUAAGAAUAUAGGCUGUGCGGAGGAGGAGGAUCUAGUAAACAGCUCAGAAUGUUUGCAGAUGAAGAACGAAACCAAGACAGGAAAUAUCAAUAUGUUAGGAAUUGGAAACUGGUCACGGUGUGGAGAAAUGCGAGAUGCAAAAUAUAAGACGAAUAACUUCUAUAUUUAAAGGUUUAAUAGACAGACAUAGACAGACGUAUGCAUAUGAGAAGACAGACACGUUCCUCUAAGAGGUUUGCAGAAAAUCUCUCUUCCUCCAGUGGGGAGGGCAGACUUAAAUACUCCUCCUUAUCUGUUCAUUGUCUCAUCCUUCUCUGCCCUGGGUCAAAACAUUAAAUCAAGGCUGAGACCUAGGGGUUGAAUAGACUAUACAUUUGAAACAUUUUAAUUGCGUAAGGACACCCAUGGCUGAUUUUAUGGCUCAAGGGCCAGAUAUCACUUACUAAGACCUGCUUUAUAGUAACCUCUGGCCUUAGAGAGGGUACCUGGAGGCCAAAUUCCAGUAGGGAAUAAUCAUCAGAAUAUUGUUCUUAACAAAUAAUAUGACCCUGUGAGGUCAAACGUAAAAUGUUCUCUGGCCGUCUCCCUUUGGAAAAUAAAAUAAAAUAAUAUAACAUUGUUUGCCAAGGAAAUAAAUAAUGUAUUAUGUUUCACUCAAACAUCAUACUGACCAAAGUGUUGCAUUGCCUUUUGCAACAAGCUCUCACAAUCUCACUGCAGAGCUAGACAUUUAUCCAUGAUUUUCCAAAACGUCAAAUUUCGAAGUUGCUCCCAAUGUAAAAAUGUCUAAGUGUUUUUGACACUCUGGGUUGCUCCUCCUGCUCAGUAUAGUUCUGUUUCUCAAAACGUCAAAUUUCGAAGUUGCUCCAAACGUCAAAUUUAGAAGGUUAAGAGUUCGAUUAGGAUAGAACACGCAACCUUCUGAUCCAGAGUCACAUUAAGUUUAGGCACCCAUUCCAAAUGGUUAAGAUAAGAGUUAAGGUUUGGGAUAGGGUAAAAAAUUACUUAAUAUAUAAAGGAGUGUCCACCACUGGGAUCGAACACGCAACUUUCUGAUCCAAAGUCAUGGGAUUAUAGAGUCAUGGGACGACGCCCAUCCGCCACUGCCGUCCAAAAUGCCCUAGCAAAACCCAAGCCUACUUGAUGGUAAUAGUGCUCGCUGUUGCCUCUAGUGGCCGGUUUUGAAGGCAUUUCCCACGUCCUCAGGACGUCCAAUUUCGAAGUCACUUUUGAACGACCUGCCUGGCCUUUUGUUCAUCGAAAGACAGUUUCUUGGCCAGUGCCGUUGUUUAGGUUGGGGUAUACUUUGUGUUGGGUGCAUAGAAAGUUGUGUUGUGUCUGGAGGAGAGGAGAAAAAGUGGGCGUGGACACCAAUGGCUUCCAAAUGAACUGCAGGAAUGUGUGUACGCACAUGUGUGUUUAUGUGUGUCUGUCUGCUUCCCUUGUUUUCAAUUGACUGUCACUUAAGCGGUCUGGCACAUAUUAGGGAUUCCUGUGUGGACAGGAGUAUUUGCUUUGCCUUUGAACUUGAUGACAUCAUAGAGGGUAAAAAGAACGAUCCAUAUGUGCCAACAUGCUCUUCUGUCUCUGUCCUUCUACAGCAGUGGCAUUCCACAGCCCGCCAGUCACCAUCAAGAAGGAACCACCGAGCCCUGGGUCCGACCCCAGCCAGUCCUGUAGCCACAAGCAGACCUUCACCUACCCCAAUGGAGAGCAGUGCCUUUAUGCCAGGUACACAUGUCAACAAGUACAGUAUUCAGCUUAUUAUGGCCCAUUUACAAACAUUCUCGUCUUACGGAUUCAGAGGUUCGGGGGUGUGUAGCUCAGUUGGUAGAGCAUGGCGCUUGCAACGCCAGGGUUGUGGGUUCGAUUCCCACGGGGGCCAGUAUGAAAAUGUAUGCACUCACUAACUGUAAGUCACUCUGGAUAAGAGCGUCUGCUAAAUGACUAAAAUGUAAAUGUUCCAUAGCAAGUCACUAGUCAACCAAUUCCAGUCAAUUAUCAUACAUAAGGCAGUGCAACAAAGAGAGUGACCAGAACACAAGCUACUGAACACAAUGUGAGUCACUACAAAACACCCAUCCACCAUAAGCCCACUUUGGCUUACUGACCUGUAUUACUAAUGUUAGGGCCUACUAUUGAUGCCAGAGUAGUACAUGUACUCAUACACCACAUUGGGAUUCAUAAACCAUGUUUGUGUGUGUUUCCAGUGCCUACGAGCAGAAGAGGGCUGCAGGACCCAAUAAGAGCUCCUGCCCCCAAGGGACACCCAUGUCUCCCAUGCAGCAGCAUUACUCCCCCAAGCCUGCCGGGGGCGCUGAUGGACGGCCUGACAACACGGCCUACAACAUGAACUCCCCUGCUGCCUCCCAGCCACUGCCUAGCCACAACAACUACCCCAUGCACCCCAGGUAUUACCCCCUGUACUGUACGAAAUACUUAAAAUUGUGCCAAAAAACAAUAUGCCUUUAUGACAUAAUAAUGUGCAGUCGGUACUGAUAGUUUUUCAUAACCUCUCUUUUCCCUUCUCUUAGUUCCAGGUAUCAGGCCACCUCAGCAGACAUGUGCCCCCAGGGGUUCCCCCCUCAAGGGCAGGCGUUCCAGCGCAUGCACCCUGCCCCAUCCGGAGGCGGUGGUGGGGGAGGAGGAGGUGGAGGACCAGGUGGAGGUGGUGGCUAUCAUCGACAGCACUCAGACCACUGUCUACCCUACCUGCAGCAGAGCUUCAAGCAAGAGUACCUGGACCCUCUUUACGAGAGGGCCGCCCACAUGGCAGGACCGGGGCAUGGAUCAGGGCACGGGCCUCACCCACCUCACCAACACCAACAACCCCACCCGCACUCUCACCACCAUCCUCACAGGUUCCCCCCUGUCCACAUGAUGGUGAAGCAGGAGCCGACCGACUACACCUAUGAGCCUGGUGAGUGAUUAAAACACUGAGGGUCCAAGAGAAGAAUGACAGAGAUACAAUAUGAGUCUGUUUUGAAUGGCAGUCUCCCUUUAGUAGAAAGAGUCUAUACUGAAUAGCUCAUGGUUUUUUGGAGGGAAGCAAAUAUCUCAUGGAAGAUACUGAGUGUCUUUCCUCCCUAACAAAUCACAACACGCUGAACCACGGAACACUGCAAAACAUACCCGAACUAAUCCCAUAUCACUCAUGUAGGCAUAUUCAACUUCUGUAGGACGUAGGAUGUAUACAAUUACUUACACAUUGACAUGUUACGUGCCUAUUGCUUUGUGGCUAUUGCUCUCUGUCCUACAAAAGUUCCUUUGAAAUAAAAGUAGCUUUGAGUCAUCCUGGUGUGUAUGGAUGACAUUAGAACAAAAUGUCCAAACGCAGACAGUUCAAUAUCCUCUAGAGACCUUGCCCUACCCCCUCCCUACCUCCAAACUCCUCCUUUCAACUCCCUGACACUUUGCAAAAAAAGGUAUUGACUCUUGACUGUAAUACUGUUUCUUUCCUCCUCUACACUCCUCCCCGCUCCGUCUCUCCGCGCUUGUCUCACUGAAAGGGAGGCAGAGGAAUUUCAUUGAGAAAAUGGAGGGCACUGGAAAGACUAGAGUCCCCAGUGGAGCACUCUGGGGUGUCGGGUUGCAGCAGCGGCUCCUUUUUCUGCAGGCAGAUGAACUCAUAAUGGAAAAAUGAGCGUGGCCACAGUAACUCGAACCUCUCACUGUGGAGGGAGAGAGAAGGGGUGAGGGCAGGGGGGAGGAGAGGGUGGGGUAGCCAGGGGCCUUGGCAACAACAGAGAACCAGCCGUACCUCCACAGCACAGCAGCAGCAGCACAGUUCCAAGGUCCUGGCUGUUCCCUUUAAAGGAAAAUUCCACCCAAUAACUAUCUUCUGGUAUUUGUUUCAUUAGUUCAUUGUUGAUAUUGUCAAAAAAAAUGUGCAGGUCAGCAAUCAAGUUUUCAAGAUAUAUAACUUUCAAAAUACAGAAAUACAGAUGAUGCAAAAUGCAUCAUACCGGCUGUAUUUCUGUAUUUUGAAAGUCAUAGGAGGAGUUGAGGAGGCUGGUGGGCCUGCCUGAGAGGUGUGCCGCAGAUAAAAGCUGGCAGCUGUUUUGCCUGCUCAGAAAGGCUAUCACAAGGACCUCAUAGGCCUACUGGCACAGAAAUGUGACCCAAAUUAUAGAUAGGCGCACCACUAGCACAUAGGCAGUUAUGUGGUUCAGGCUUGUGAAUAAAGUUGUCUUUUUCACAUUCAAAUUUCCAUCUAGUAAACUAAUGUGUGUCAUUGUGUUGUGUGAAAGACACAUAAUGGCUACAAAAGCUUGCGACACCAGCCAGCACACAAUUGACCCUGGUGCUCUCGUCCCAAAUCUGCCCAUCACUCCCCAGUGGCAGGCUGCCCUGGCUGGCAGUGAUAUUAUUUACAGUGUGAUAGAGUGCUAGCCCGGAAUGGAGGGUCUGAUUUUCCCCAGUGACAUCUUAUCACAGCCACAGCACUGCAACUGCACUCCCCAGGAAUGAGUCACCAGACUAACCACACCACUGAGAGGCAGGAGACUAGAGCUGCUGCACCUUUCACCCACUCUGGCCUCCUCUUGCCAUUCAGCCACUCAAACAAGCACACUGACGCAUGUGCAUGCAUUCACUCACACAGGCACACAUACAGUACACUAUAUAGGCGAUAAGAGCAGUUUGUCACCAACCGGACCACAGCCCUUAGCAACAGGGAGAAACAUCUGAGGUUUUCAAUUUAUACAACUUUAGGAAAUGGACAUUUGAUUAGGAAUUUGAUUCGGGAUUGAUAGAAAUAUGAAGAUCCCAUCCAUUUGCAGUGUGGAUGGUUGAGUCACGUAGAGGUGUGUCCAGGUGGAUGGACAAAGUGCUGACAAUGCAGACUCACAUUCUCUACCAUUACACUAAACUAUACUGCUGCUCAUCACUAGGAGCUUACUCAUGGCCUAAAAAUACUGUUGGGAGACAAUUGAUAUUAAGACAAAUGAAGGUUGUGUCCUUGCAGGACCACAUUAAUGCUCUCUCUCCCCGUGGAUAUUGGCCUAGUAUAUAUAGAUUGAGGAAGGAAACCCAUCUGUACACUGAAAAAGCUUUUACUGAUUGUUUAAAUGCACUGCAUUGACCAAUAGGUGUCCGCUUGUGUUUCUGUCCUAUAGAUGUGCCUGGAUGUCCAUCCAUGUAUCACCACAACGAGGGGUACCCCAACCCCCAGCACAACAAUGAAGGUAAGCAAAAACUUGUCUGAUAUAAUUCAUUAUUACUUGUUACAAGCAUGUAUAAGACCGUCAUAAAUAAUACAUAGACACUUAUGGCAAGUGUUAUAAUGCAUUAUGACUGCAUAAUCAUGUUUUUUGUUUUUUUUUACAUGCAUGCUUUAUUAUCAAAAGUCUGUGCCAACGGUUCAUGGCACUGAAGAUGGGAUGGGGAUACUACAUGUACCGAAUCGCCCUAUUCUUAAUUGAAAUGAGGCCUGGCUACUGGCUGUAGCUUUGCGGUCAUUGGCUAACCAGCCCAGAGUGUCUGUAUUUAAAUUGGCUAACCGGUGGCGUGUCUAUGUUUCCAUUGGCAUAGGCUCUGGCCUCUCCCCUGCCCCAAGAAUCCCUUGAUAAAUAUUACUCCUGGAAAAAGCCAGAGUAUUUUUCCUUGAGAAAAUAAAAACAAUGCUCCUCUUCACUCCCUUUGUUUGUCACACCAUUUUGGGUCAUUCUAGUUCUUGUCCAGCAUCAUUUCCUAAAUAAGUGAGAACUCAGGAAUUGCUCUUGAAUAGCCAAUCAUAAAACAGAUUGUAUUAUUAAAGGGGGAAUCUGCAGUUGCUUCAUCCAUUUUUCGCCUUUUAAAUUAAUUAUAUAUACCCAUUGAUUCUUGAAGAAUAUAACUUAUGAGCUUAAUUUAACUGUCGUACCCCAACAGAACCCAAAAUAUAAACUUGUUCUACACUUUGUUUGUAAACAAUGUAAAUGUAAACAAACACUGUACAGCCUCAAAACAAAACUAUAAUUUUGAUAUCAUGGAUGGUCAGUCCUUGUAUCCAUAGCUCUGUCUAUGCAUGUGGUCCUCUGUAGCUCAGCUGGUAGAGCACGGCGCUUGUAACGCCAAGGUAGUGGGUUUGAUCCCCGGGACCACCCAUACACAAAAAUGUAUGCACGCAUGACUGUAAGUCGCUUUGGAUAAAAGCGUCUGCUAAAUGGCAUAUUAUUAUUAUUAUUAUGCAUUUAAGAGUGGUUACAUAUAUCCAGACCCAUCCCUCAGCUUUUUACCAUAUCAGUGUUGGGAUGCCCCUUUAAGAAUCACUAGAGUAUUACACACUUAAAAUCAAAAGUAUUAUUAAAACAAAAGAAAGAGGGAAGAUGGAGUCCUUUUGAGAUAUUUAGUGUGAGGAAUCCUCCCCUACUCACGAAGUGCUCUACACAUUCUUGUUGAAGUGUAAGAGAUAAGUGCACCCAAUAAACAGUUCACUUUUUCCCCAUUUAUAUACUCAUUCAUUUUGUGAAAAUGUGAUUCAAGAUUUGGCAUAGUGAACAAGCUAUAGUAACACAAGACCACUUUAAACACUAAUAACAACCCCUGUCUUUUCUUACAGGUUAUCUGUUUGAAAACGACUCCCGUGUCGUUCCAGAGAAAUUAGAAGGUGAGUCUUACAGCUCCUUGCACACAAUCCACUCCAAUAGCUGUCACUGAGAUAAUAAUGGUUAUGGAUGAUGGCACUGAGGGUGUCCACUGUCAGUUCUCCAUAGGAGAGACAUAGAAUCCAUUCAAUCACAUCACAUGGCUCUCCGUUUGGGAUCGAAUCCCUAUUGCUCACAAUAAUCUUUCCCAGUACAUGUAUCGGUAUCAGCCUUCUAUCAGUGCCAAUAGUAUCAGAUAUAGUAUUGCUGAACAAUAAGCUUUAGAGUUUAUUUUUUGCAUAACAGGCUCCUGGUUGGAGCUGAGUUAGUGGGUUUCGUUUCCCGUGCGUGAGGUAGGGACUGGGCUCCUGUGUCAUGGAGAGCAAGGUGACAGUCAGUUUCCCAUGGUGCACUGGGGUGAUUGAUGUGAGGGGAGAGCCUGAGGGCUCCUGCACAGGUUGAACUGGCAAAACACACCGGGUUAGAGUGACAGCUACUUACAGUGACAGUCCCCAUGUUCCCGCACUCAUAGUACUGUAUAUCGGCAUCAUUCCCUGCUUCUCAAGAUAAUUAACCAAUCAACUGUCACUCACAAUGUAGCAGUUACUACAGUAUCUUAAGCCUGUCAAGAAAGCUAUUGAUUGGACUCAACCAAAAUUACAGUCUUAUCCUUAUCCUAUUAGUAACGUUGAACAAACUUUGGCCACAUUACCAUACUUGUCAUUAGCUGUCCUAUGUCAAUGGUAGGGCUGUGACGGUCAUGGAAUUUUGGAUGACAGUUAAUGGUCAACCAAAUAACCACGCGCGGUCACUGUUAUAAUCGUUUGAAUAGCAAAAUAAUUGUUUUAUUUUUUAUUAUUAAGACGCACAUUUUCUCCUCUCCUCCACUCCUGACUACAUGUGCUGCUACUGCAGGGAGGGGGGCGUUGCCUAGGCAAUCAAAGAUUUGUUUGCUACAACACCUUGCUUGUUUCAGCAAGGAGCAACAAAGUUUCAUCAGGUUGUAAAAAGUCCAUGUUACCGCGGAAAUGGACUGAAUCGCACUAAUGGACAGAUUUUUAAAAAAAAAAUUAUGACGAUUAUCUUAUUUUCAUGACGGUCUUCAUCUAUAAUCGUCCAUUACACGAUUAUACAGUAAUUUUACCAGCCCUAGUCAAUGGUAGCUGCAUACUUCCUCAAACCAGUCUGAGCCUACAGCCUAGUCCAACCUCCAGUAUCCCUGUUCUUCUCCAGGUGAGGUGAAACAGGAGGGGGGUAGCGUGUUCCGUGAUGGGGCCCCAUACCAGCGCCGGGGAUCCCUGCAGCUCUGGCAGUUCCUGGUGGCCCUGCUGGAUGACCCUGGCAACGCACACUUCAUCGCCUGGACCGGCCGCGGCAUGGAGUUCAAACUCAUCGAACCUGAGGAGGUAAAGCCCAACCUACAGUAACUAGAUCUACAGUUACAGCAUCUUCUAAGUCCAUUUGGGAUCUUUGCUCUGUGUUAAGAAAAGCGAGAAGUAGAGUUCAAACUCAUCAAGCCAGAGGGGGUAAGGCCCAACCUUAACCCGAACACAACCAGGGUGUAGUCUAGUGAGAUCUACAGCAUUUCUGUUACGUCUCCGUUAAGUCCAUUUGGGAUCUUUGACCUUUGUUAAGAAACAUUAGAAGUAGCUUAAGUUCGCUUGCUAUAUGCUGCGGGGUCAGAGUCAGACGUAAGAGGUAUUUAAUGCUGAUUGUGUAUUGUCUACAAUAAGGUUUCAAUGUUUGAGAUUGCUCCGCCCUUCCCCUCCCUACUUCUAUACAAUCCCUCUUGGGCCAUGCACUGAUCUAAACUGCCAGGUGCCCAUUAGCCUCCAUGCAUUAUUUACCAAUUGUAACAGUAGAUACACAAACAAAAUGGAGGAUGAGCUUCAUCACCUAAUAUUCACUCCUUACAUCACAUUACCUAUAAGUCAAUGGACUGUUUGAGAGAUGCUAUUAAAGUUGAGGGCCGUUGACUUAGAAGUUUAUUCAAACAGGUAACUGAAUUUCUAAGACAUUUAUUUCUAAGACAUUUUGAUACAAUGAUACUUCCAUUAUCUGGCUACUAUACGUAAAUAAUGAAUACUGCGAGUGUUUUAAAAGAGCAAUUAAGGUUGAAUGUGCACUCAGGAUCAAAGAGAGGAAUCUGCUCUGGGACACAAGCAUUCCCUAAACCCCCAAGUCAGGAGUCUAAUAUGCCUUUUCUACACUCAACUCUUCCUAGUGACCAGAAUGUUUGUCAACAACACAAAGCUCUGACACUGUGGUUUCAUUUCACACUCGUUUGGAGAUGUGAGACAUUUCAUAGGUAUUGGAAUUAACAUGCUGUUCAACGGAAGGUUGAGACAAAUUUCACGAUGCUGCCUCAAUGAGAACCAGGCACCAGCCUCUUAUUUCACUGCACACAUUGUGGGACUCUGUUUGCAUUCAAGUGGUGACGGGUUACAUAAAAAGGAAGUGAAUCCACAUGUGGGGACUCGCCCUGCUUUUGACAUGAUGAGCCAGUUAGCUCAGAGAGAAAGAGCAUUUCAACUAGUCACUGAGGACCCCUAGUGGUAGCAUUAGAAAGUUGCAGGCUGAAGCAAGAAAAAUAGUGUUCUUCCCUCUAGGGCAAAUUAUUUGGAAUUCAUUCAUAUUGGUUCCAGAGAGAAAGUCAUCACUCCAUCUAACCUCAAUCUAUAUAAUAAUAUAAUAGGAGUGUCCUUUGGCAGAUGCUAAAAACGUUGUUCAUUCACCUGUGAAGAGCAGAGGGCCUAUCCAUUGGAGCUGAACAGUCCCAGAUGCAUAACCACCCCUCUCUCCUCUCUCUUUCUCUUAUCCCUCUCUCCUCUCUCGUUCCCUCUCUCCUCUCAGGUGGCCAGGCUGUGGGGCAUGCAGAAGAACCGUCCAGCCAUGAACUACGACAAGCUCAGUCGCUCUCUGCGCUAUUACUACGAGAAGGGAAUUAUGCAGAAGGUACAAACUAAGGCUUUACUCAGCAGUUCAAAUGUGUCUCUGAGAGUGGUGAGACUGCCUAUCGGUUUGUUGGCUCUUCCAUUUUAUUUGGAAGCAACGUUUUAUAUUAAAUGGCUUAUGUGUGUAUCUGAUUUAUUUGCUCAGAUGUUUACCAUACUUGCAUUAGUAUAACAACACCAACUAAUGAACAUAUCUAACAGAGAAAUCUCUUUCCUCUGUUUGCAGGUGGCAGGGGAGCGCUACGUUUACAAGUUUGUGUGCGAGCCCGAGGCCCUCAUCUCCCUGGCCUUCCCCGACAAUCAUCGGCCCAGCAUGAAGGCCGAGUUUGAGCGCUACGUCAAUGAGGAGGACACGGUGCCCCUGUCCCACAUGGACGAGGGGGCCUCCUACCCCCAAGAACAAGCCCCACCAAACAUGGGCGCCCAGUCCUACUCCAAAGGCUACAUGUACUAA